GCCACCGAGGACCGGGUCUAUGUCUCGGGGAUCGGGUCUAUGUCCCGGGAAGGAGCUGUUAGCGGAGCAGCAGAGAAUCCUCUCCGCUGUUAUUAAUAACACUGCAGGAGAUAGACGGAGCCCGUCCGCAGCACUCUGUCCAAAUACACGGAAUGCAUACAGAGCAUAUACGGUACCACGGACACACCAGGACAUAGACGGUGUAGUCCCCAGCCUGGCUGCUCCACCGCCCUCAGCAUCCCGCCCCCCUCUGCCCCCCCGGGCCCCUCUGAUGGAGAGGAUGAGGAAGAUCAAACGGCAGCUGUCGCUCACUCUUGGGAGGGGCGGGGCCACAGGAGGGGACAGGAAGCUGAGUGACACCAACAACCAGGAAGUGACAUCACACAGUGACUCAGAGGUGAUGUCUCGUCGUGGUUCUUCUUCUUCUGCUGGUUUGAAGGUUCGAGGUUCUUCUUCUUCUGUUUCAUCUCUUCUUCAGUCGUAUGGACGAAAACCCCGAAACCUUGGACGCAGCCUGAGCUCCUACCUGAACCACACCACCCGCCUGGAGAUUGUUCAUGAGGACGUGAAGAUGAGUUCAGACGGGGAAAGUGAUCCGGCUUCUUCUUCAGACGAUGUUCAGAGUCCUGUUAGAGUCCGAUUGAGGAACAAGAAGAUCUCCUCUGAAGACAUAAACAAACGGCUGUCGUUGCCGGCUGAUAUCCGUCUUCCUGACGGUUACCUGGAGAAGUUUAAUGUGAUUGGUCCAUCUCUGUUUGAUCAGCCAAUCAGCCGGCGGCUGCGCAGAGCGUCCUUGUCAGAGAUUGGUUUUGGGAAACUGGAGACAUACAUCAAACUGGACAAACUGGGCGAGGGGACUUAUGCUACAGUGUAUAAAGGACGCAGUAAACUCACAGAGAAUCUUGUUGCUCUGAAAGAAAUUCGUCUUGAGCACGAAGAAGGAGCUCCUUGUACUGCGAUCAGAGAAGUGUCUCUUUUGAAGGAUCUGAAACAUGCCAACAUCGUCACCCUUCAUGACAUCAUCCACACCCAGAAAUCCCUCACCCUGGUGUUUGAGUAUCUGGAUAAAGAUCUUAAACAGUAUCUGGACGACUGUGGAAACAGCAUCGAUGUCCACAAUGUCAAACUCUUCCUUUUUCAGUUGCUACGUGGUUUGUCGUAUUGUCAUCGGAGGAAAGUUCUCCACAGAGACCUGAAACCCCAAAACCUCCUGAUCAACGAGCGAGGAGAGCUCAAACUGGCUGACUUUGGUUUGGCGAGAGCAAAGUCGAUCCCGACAAAGACGUACUCUAACGAGGUGGUGACACUGUGGUACAGACCGCCGGACAUCCUGCUGGGCAGCACCGAUUACUCCACCCACAUCGACAUGUGGGGUGUGGGUUGUAUCUUCUAUGAGAUGGCGACAGGUCGUCCUCUGUUUCCUGGUUCGACGGUGGAGGAGGAGCUUCACUUCAUCUUUAAACUUCUUGGUACGCCCACAGAGCAGAGCUGGCCUGGGAUCAGUUCAAACCACGACUUUGUGACUUACAGCUACCCUCAAUACAGAGCGGAGAGACUGAGCACACACACUCCCAGGCUCAGCAGUGAAGGUGUGGAGCUGUUGUCAAAGUUCCUACAGUUUGAAGGGAAGAAGAGGAUCUCUGCCCAAGACUCCAUGUCUCAUCCUUACUUCAGUAACCUUGGCAGCAGAGUGAUGUCACUUCCUGACACAACGUCCAUCUUCAGUCUGCCAGAGAUUCACCUGGAGAGAGAGACAGUCAGAGCGCCGGUCCCACCUGAGACAGCAGCCGAGAGUCCGACCAGGAGGCGGAGUCUGCUCUUCUGACUUUACCCAGGAGGCGGGGUUCAUCAGUAUGACAUCAUUGAGGAGAUGGGGUCUGCUGUUGAGGAACAGGAAGUAAAACCAAGCAAUAAUGAUCCCAUCACAGCAUGUUGUUGUUAUGACAACAGAUUGACCUGAACUCAUGAAGCGAUGAUUGACUUAAAGGGACAUGGACUGAAAUCUGUCUUCCAUUUCACGGAUUCAAACCAAGUUUUUAAAAACUUUAUCAGGAUCCUUGACAACCAAGAGUUCUGGGAUGCUGCCUUGUUGUCAUGGAAACACCUGGAUACAGUCACGUUCCACCUGUUUUUACACCUGAACUCUGCAGCAGCUCGUUAACCUGACGUAAACUCACCGCAGUGACAUCAGUGCUGAUGAUGUCACAGGAUGACGGGUUCGUUAACGUGUUUUUAAUGUUUUCACUGCCGCUGGAGAUCGAACCUCCAGUGAUAUUUAUCUGAAACAAAUCAAAGAGAAGCCAUUUAAUUCUGAAAGACUCUUAUUCUGAAAGUCUGGAGCUCCUUCCUGCUGUUCUGCAUGUGUGUGUUGUACACUCAGACUGUGAUACUGUAGAUAUAUUUACUGUAGAGUGUUGUACCAAACACUGAGGUCCAUGAGAGGUCAAAUACUGCUGCUCAUCAUUUCCUUUCCUUUCAUUGUAAAGACUCACAACGUUUACUUCAGAUUUAAACUUCCUGUUCAGUAAGGUGACAUCAGGGCGUUCAGGCGUCUUUAAAACGUUGAGGCGUCUUUAAAGCGUUCAGGCGUCUUUAAAGCGUUCAGGCGUCUUUCAAACGUUCAGGCGUCUUUCAAACGUUCAGGCAUCUUUAAAACGUUCAGGCGUCUUUAAAGCGUUCAGGCAUCUUUAAAACGUUCAGGCGUCUUUAAAGCGUUCAGGCGUCUUUCAAACGUUCAGGCGUCUUUCAAACGUUCAGGCAUCUUUAAAACGUUCAGGCGUCUUUAAAGCGUUCAGGCGUCUUUUAAAGCGUUCAGGCGUCUUUAAAACGUUGAAGCGUCUUUAAAGCGUUCAGGCAUCUUUAAAGCGUUCAGGCGUCUUUAAAGCGUUCAGGCGUCUUUAAAGCGUUCAGGCGUCUUUCAAACGUUCAGGCGUCUUUCAAACGUUCAGGCGUCUUUCAAACGUUCAGGCGUCUUUAAAGCGUUCAGGCGUCUUUAAAACGUUCAGGCAUCUUUCAAACGUUCAGGCGUCUUUAAAGCGUUCAGGCGUCUUUAAAGCGUUCAGGCGUCUUUACAACGUUGAGGCGUCUUUAAAGCGUUCAGGCGUCUUUAAAACGUUCAGGCGUCUUUAAAACGUUCAGGCGUCUUUAAAGCGUUCAGGCGUCUUUAAAGCGUUCAGGCGUCUUUACAACGUUGAGGCGUCUUUAAAACGUUCAGGCGUCUUUAAAGCGUUCAGGCGUCUUUCAAACGUUCAGGCAUCUUUCAAACGUUCAGGCGUCUUUAAAGCGUUCAGGCGUCUUUAAAGCGUUCAGGCGUCUUUACAACGUUGAGGCGUCUUUAAAACGUUCAGGCGUCUUUAAAGCGUUCAGGCGUCUUUACAACGUUGAGGCGUCUUUAAAACGUUCAGGCGUCUUUAAAGCGUUCAGGCGUCUUUAAAAUGUUCAGACGUCUUUAAAACGUUCAGGCGUCUUUAAAAUGUUCAGACGUCUUUAAAACGUUCAGGCGUCUUUAAAGCGUUCAGACGUCUUUAAAGCGUUCAGGCGUCUUUAAAGCGUUCAGGCGUCUUUAAAACGUUCAGGCGUCUUUAAAGCGUUCAGACGUCUUUAAAACACUCAGGCGUCUUUAAAACGUUCAGGCGUCUUUAAAGCGUUCAGGCGUCUUUAAAGCGUUCAGACGUCUUUAAAACGUUCAGGCGUCUUUAAAACGUUCAGGCGUCUUUAAAACGUUCAGGCGUCUUUAAAGCUUUCAGGCGUCUUUAAAACACUCAGGCGUCUUUAAAACGUUCAGGCGUCUUUAAAGCGUUCAGGCGUCUUUAAAACGUUCAGGCGUCUUUAAAGCGUUCAGGCGUCUUUAAAACGUUCAGGCGUCUUUAAAACGUUCAGGCGUCUUUAAAACGUUCAGGCGUCUUUAAAACGUUCAGGCGUCUUUAAAGCGUUCAGACGUCUUUAAAGCGUUCAGGCGUCUUUAAAACGUUCAGGCGUCUUUAAAACGUUCAGGCGUCUGUAAAACGCUCAGACGUCUUUAAAACGUUCAGGCGUCUUUAAAGCGUUCAGGCGUCUUUAAAACGUUCAGGCGUCUUUAAAACGUUCAGGCGUCUUUAAAACGUUCAGGCGUCUUUAAAGCGUUCAGGCAUCUUUAAAGCGUUCAGGCGUCUUUAAAACGUUCAGGCGUCUUUAAAGCGUUCAGGCGUCUUUAAAACGUUCAGGCGUCUUUAAAACGUUCAGGCGUAAUUUCUCAUGAUGUUGUUUAUGUACCUCUGAUUGUUUGUGUGAUCUGUAACCAUGGUAACAUACUGUUGGUGUUUCUAUGGUAGUCAUGGGAGCGUGUCUCAAAGCUUGCUGCUGUAUCCAAUCAUGAGGCCCCUCCCACUGCCCCGUGGGAGGGGCCCGUUAGAGGUUUUGGGUGGAGCUUCACCAACAGUUUGUCUGUUUCAUAGAUUUUUAAUAUUUCAAAACUUGUUAAUGAUUUACUUUUUAGGAUUUUGUUUUCAGGGUUAGGAAUAUUUUUUAUAAACGUAGAGAAAUAUUAUAAUGAUCUGAGACGACAACCAGCGAUCAGGAUUUCUGUUGGAGUCACUGUCCUGAGUCUGUAUGUGAGGGUCCUUCCUGGUCUUCAUUGAUGCUAAGCUAAAGAAACAAACAGAGUUCUUUAAUCUGAAUGUUCCCCGACAGAGAGACGGCGAGCUCCAGGAGUCUCCCUGAAGUCUGGAUCGACAUGUUCAAAGGUUCUGAUGAAUGUAACUACACACAGCUGAGUCUGAUCCAGAUUAAUCUAUAAACCUGGUUCAGGAGCUGUUUCCUGAGAUCUGAACAGGUGACACACCUGCUACCUGAUUGACUGUGUAAGAGUUAACCCUUCAUGUGACUCUGAGGUGUUAGAGUUAACCCUUCAUGUGACUCUGAGGUGUGUUAGAGUUAACCCUUCAUGUGACUCUGAGGUGUGUUAGAGUUAACCCUUCAUGUGACUCUGAGGUGUGUUAGAGUUAACCCUUCAUGUGACUCUGAGGUGUGUAAGAGUUAACCCUUCAUGUGACUCUGAGGUGUUAGAGUUAACCCUUCAUGUGACUCUGAGGUGUUAGAGUUAACCCUUCAUGUGACUCUGAGGUGUUAGAGUCAACCCUUCAUGUGACUCUGAGGUGUUAGAGUUAACCCUUCAUGUGACUCUGAGGUGUGUAAGAGUUAACCCUUCAUGUGACUCUGAGGUGUGUAAGAGUUAACCCUUCAUGUGACUCUGAGGUGUGUUAGAGUUAACCCUUCAUGUGACUCUGAGGUGUUAGAGUUAACCCUUCAUGUGACUCUGAGGUGUUAGAGUUAACCCUUCAUGUGACUCUGAGGUGUGUUAGAGUUAACCCUUCAUGUGACUCUGAGGUGUUAGAGUUAACCCUUCAUGUGACUCUGAGGUGUUAGAGUUAACCCUUCAUGUGACUCUGAGGUGUUAGAGUUAACCCUUCAUGUGACUCUGAGGUGUUAGAGUUAACCCUUCAUGUGACUCUGAGGUGUGUUAGAGUUAACCCUUCAUGAGACUCUGAGGUGUUUUCUCUUCUCAAUGGAAUAAGCUUGGUGUUGGUGGACAUGAUACCAAAGUUAUCUGUGACGUACAGCACUGCAUGACGGAUCCUUCCCCUCUAUGCUGUUCUUUAACUUUUCUUCCAUCUGCCAAGAAAGCACUGCACCGUAUCUGAUGCUAUAAAUGAUCUGUUUACUUCAGGUAUCAGUCAAAGAAUGGAAAAUAAACUAUAUCUUGUUCAUGUGUACAAGUAUGUUUACAACUUAUAUUGUGGAAAUAUUUACAGUAUAUAAAAUAUUAAAGCUGUUUAUUUAUUAUCA